UCGUAGCGCAGAGAAACUCGUGCUCCGUCCACAUACCAAUGACAGGGACACAAAACUUACAAAUAUGCGCCUGGGCAUUGAGUGAUAUUUGGCUGGCUACUUUUUCCUACCUUUAUCGCCAACGCUUUGUGAAGCUAUCUCUGAUCUGAAAAGCGCACUAACUUAACUCUCGGCUAUGGACCCUGAACGACAGAAACGAAGAGAGGAAAUUCAGAAAGCAAUGAGCUUUAUCCAGUCAUCAUUGCCUUUCCCAGAGCCAGAGAGUUAUGAGGCAUUUCUCACCCAGCUGGUGUGUAACUUGCUGGACGAGGGCAAUUCUUGCUUUCGAGAUGGGGAUUGGCGUCAGGCGACCCAGCAGUAUGGGGAGGGGAUCAGUGUGGCCCGCUACGCUCAGGCUGAGGCCCUUGUCAUCCCCUACGAGCUGCUGGAGAGCCUUUACGUUAACAGGGCUGCUGCCUACUACCAGACGAGGGAGUAUGAGCGUGGCGUUCAGGACUGUGACAGUGCACUGUGUUUGUCGGAAGGGAGCCGCAGGGCUUUGUACCGCAAAGCGCUCUGUCUGAGGGAGUUGGGACGAUUCAGAGAGGCCUAUGAGUGUGGAACCAAAUGUCUCCUCACAGCGCCACACGACAGACAGGUUAGUGACCUGGCCCAGGAUCUGGCCAAUAAGCUGGGCCUUAAGGGCCGCAAAGCCUACGUCAGCCCGCAGACAGAGUCCACGGCCACAGACGGGGAGAGUCAUGGGGAGACCUCCCCACCCACAGGAGAGAUGUCAUCCAAUGGGCUGGAGUCUCUGGGUGACAUUGGACCAGGGGACCUGUCUAGUGCACAGUGCAUACCUGCUCCUUUGGCCACACCCAUCCCAGUCAGUGAUGACCCAGCAACCUCCGUGGUGACUCCAUGCACUGAGUUGUCAGAGAGUCCCAGCAGCCAGGCCCUGCCUCCCAUGCCGUACUCUGUUCCCGUAUCGGAGCACAUGGAAGAAUGCAGCAGCAGUGUCAUCAAGGACGAGCUAGACAGCUUGCUGGAGUGCAUCCCCAAGAAAGUUAGUGAGAAUCCAGUCCAGGGUGCUAUCCCCACCAACCUCCCCAACACGGCGGUGGGUCUCCGGCCUCCAUACUCCCCGAACCUUCCAGCCGCGUCAUCUCAGCUUCCCCCAGCCUUCUUCAGCUCCUCCAUAAGUGACAUGCCCCCUCUGGAGCCUUACUCUCCACUGGGCUCCACCCAGGCGCAGGACGCACUGGGAGGCUUCUCCACAGGGUCCACGGAUGGAGAAGGGAAGGCGGGAGUUGCCACCGGCGGCCUAGAUUCGUUGUCUGAGUACACUCUCCCUGGGGGACGAGUGUGUCACAGCUUCAUCCCUGGAAUGCGCAACCAUAGUGCUGCACAUGCAAAUGGUCCGGCAGGAACCAACCUGUCUCUGCUCUCCAGGAAUCCUCUGGCAGCUACACAUGAGUUUCGUCAGGCCUGUCAUGCCUGUUACAGCAGAAUAGGUCCACGAGUGAUGGACUACAAGUAUCAGCCAGAGGCAGCACACCGCUGCAAGAGGGAUGUGCUGCUGUGCCGCCUCAAAAACACAGAUGACCCCACUUGGAAGAGGAUCCGGCCACGGCCUGCGCGGAACAACUUUCUGGGGGCAUUUGUACUCUGCAAAGAGGUGCAGGAGCGCCAGGAGUGCCAGUAUGGGGAGAACUGCACGUUUGCUUACUGCCAGGAGGAGAUUGACGUGUGGACCCAGGAGAGGAAGGGAGCGCUGAGCCGAGAGCUGCUGUUUGAUCCGCUGGGCAGCACAGAGAGGCGGGCGCUCAGCGUCACCAGACUGCUGCAGCUCCACAUGGGCAUGUUCAUGUUCCUCUGUGAGGAAUGUUUUGACAGCAAGCCUCGCAUUAUCAGCAAACGCAGCAAAGAAAACUUAGCGGUCUGCUCCAACCUCACGGCUCGACACCCGUUUGACGACAACAAGUGCCUGGUGCACGUGGUGAGGUCAGCCAAUGUGCGCUACAGCAAGGUGCGUCCUCUGCACCCUCUCUGCCAGUUCGACGUGUGUCGCCACGAGGUGCGCUACGGCUGCCAGCGCGAGGACAGCUGCUCCUUCGCUCACUCCGUCAUAGAGCUCAAAUGCUGGGUCCUGCAGCAGGAUACUGGUAUCACCCAUGAAGAGAUGGUGCAGGAGUCCAAGAGACACUGGCAAAGGCUGGAGCAGAACGCGCAGAAGCAGCAAAAGCCUAUCCAUAUCCCCCAUCCCAGCAGCAGCAUACCUGCAGGAGGAGUAGGGGGAAUGGGGGGUGGGGGCGGAGGAGUCGGGGGAGACGGCAUAGGCGGGGGUGGUGUGAGCCCAGUGGGCGGGGUGGGGGUGGGAGGGUUAGGAGCGGUAGCGGGAAGAGGGCGCCCCCUCAACCUGAAAAUGAAGUUCGUGUGCGGCCAGUGCUGGAGAGAAGGGCAGGUGAAUGAGCCCGACAAGAACCUCAAGUACUGCACCGCCAAAGCACGGCACAGCUGGACGAAGGAGCGUCGGGUCCUGCUGGUGAAAUCAUUCGAGAAGAAGAAGUGGGUCGUCGUUCGCCCUCUGCCCUUCUCCCGCACCUAUCCGCAGCAAUACGACAUGUGUGUGCAUGUGAUGAAGCAGAAGAAGUGCCACUAUAUUGGGAAUUGCUCAUUUGCUCACAGUCUGGAGGAGAGGGACGUCUGGACAUACAUGAAGAACAACAGCUUGAGAGAUAUGCAACAGAUGUACGAACUGUGGCUGCAGCUCACCAAUCAGAGCAGACGCACAGAUAGCUCUGCUGUGACCCCGCCCCCAGAGGACAAGCAGGUCACCAUAACAGCAGAUUACACAGAAGGCAUGGGAGGCCAGCGGCUGUCAGACGGGGACGAUCUCUGAGUGUCGCUGUCCGAGCGGAGGCAGCUGAUCGCCGCUGAGCCGCAGACAGAGACAGAGGGACAGGCCUGCCAUACCAGCUACAACUGAACAGUCGGUCAUCUUGCCAGUCUGACCUCCUCUAGCAUCUAGCCAGCAGCGUGAGAGCAGAUUGACACGCAACGAAAUGGUUGACCCAUGUAUACACACACAUGCAAACACUCUCAUACAGCACAUGAUACACAAAUCACAGGCACUGAUUAACACAAAGAGAAAGCUUUGCAAGUGAAAAUACAGGACUUGGCUUUAUAUUUGUUUUUUAAUAUCAUGCUGCAGUUACACACAGCACCUUUAGGUUCCCCCUCAGCAGAUUAUACUGCAGAAGUUCCACAGACAAGUAGUUUUGCUCUGACUAAACUAAUCAACUAGUAUUCCUUAGUGCUUCUUUUCUUUUCUUUUUUUUUUUUAAAUCCUCGCAGCACUGACGCAAUUGUCGGGUGGGUGCGCUGGCCGCAGCCCUUAAAUCUCGCUUGGUUAGAGUUCAAAACUGAACCGAAGCUCCGUACUCAUGCGCUUAAAAGUUAAAAUUUGAACUUUGGAGUGCCAAAAAAAUGCCAAGCCCUCAGUGCUGUCGAUGGCGAGACUGAAGAGAGUAUGAAGCAUUGUUAAAAAGAGGUUCUUGUUGGACACUCCUCGUUGAGCUGCAAAACAACCAAAUCCCACUCUCCUUCCUUCAGUGGAAUAUCAUGAGAGAAUCAAAAGAACUCUCUGAGAUUAGUGAUUCUGAACACUUUUCUUUUUUCUUCUUCUCAAGGGGAGUUGUACUUCCUUGUUAUAUUGUCUGCCAUAUUGGUAGAGUGCUAUGAAUGUAAUGCCUGCAUGGGCCUUUAAAACUAGGAAAUUAGUCAUUUAAAAUGUUGCUGUGGUCGUGGAAUGUAUGCAAGUAUAUUUACAUGCCCAAAAACAAACUUGUGUAACAUGACAGUUUUCCCCUUUUCCCAUCUUGAUUGAUUUAGUAAAGCCCCUUGGUGGCUGGUUAUGUAAUCAUACCAACCGUUCCUGCAUGGGAUGAGCACAGACACGCACACACACUCACAUAUUAACCUUGUAGUUGCUGUCAGCCGUUGCCCAGGUGAAUCAAAGCGUGCGUGGAUGUCAGCUCCUCUCCGGUUGACGCAAACGGGGGAUUAAAAAAAAUCUCAAUCACCUGUGGCACGGAGCAGCCGUCGCCAAAGCAACCAAGAUGCUGUUCACCAUCACGCACUUUGAGCUGCAUCAGUGAGCAGCUGACAGAGGAGUGACUGCAGCACACAGAGUCCUGGCUAGAGCUGCUCUCAGCAAUAGAUCAGAUCAGACCGCAGAUGCCCAUACAAAAAAUAAUGACCUCACUUGAACUGAAGAACAGUCAAAAUGCUGACUGUGCAGAAGAAAUCAUUUGUGGGAAAAAAAAAAGAGUUUUGUAAUAAUGAAAGAAAAAUAUGUGCAGAUGAUAUAUCAUUUAAAGAGUGAGACGCUGGGAGAAAAUGCCUCAUGAAAGAAUUGAAGAUUAUUUAGAAUCUAUUUUCUAUAGUUUUAUUGUAAGAAAAUUGAAGAUAAUUUGAAAGUAAGGACAAGUUGUCACCUCUUCAGUUGAACUAAGGUCAUUAUUUCAAUGCAAUCCAAUCUUGCCCCCACAGCCUUCAGAUGGAAACCUGUGUUCCUCAUAUGCAUCCAAGUGGUAUGUUCCUGAUAGCUAACGGUAGCCCUAAGAUUAACCCUUUCAUUAUGGGACACCUGCUAGCUUUAGACAGGGAAACCAUUCGCACCUCAUAUUGUGCCUAUAAACACAUCAACAUGUGACACACACAUGCACACACACUUAAACACAUAGAGGCAGGAUAUCUGUUGCCAUCUUAUUCUUGCCUUUAAUGUGGACAGAGACAUGAGGAAGGUAUGUCUAUAUUCAGAUACAUAUACACACAUAUUAUACAUAUUUACAAAUAAUGGUAUACUACUAAUAAUAAUUGAUAACUUAGCGGUUAAGCUUAAUAAAUAUAUAACCUGAAAACCUGUAUUGAUUACAUAGAAGAACUUCUUGUUAUUGAGGUAUUGCUAUAUGACAUGUAUCGCUGAUCUAGAUGACUAUAGUGAUUUUUUUUUUUUUUUUUAAUGAUUCUUUUUAUUUUGUCGUUUUUCCUCCUGUGUGGGUUGUUCCAGACGGGGUUCGUAUGAAGGAGUUGCAGCAGAGAUUGAGUCGAGUUUCAGGCUGAAUGUGUGGAAAUAGAUUCCCGAGGGUUAAAUCUUUACACUGCGAGCAGGGGGUUAGAAAUCAAGUGAGUUACUUAGCUUUAGAGGGGUUUUCUUUUUUUUUUUCUUUGUUCACUAGUGCAGCAGCUAAACUGGAUGUACAGAAUAUGGAAAUGUCCCUGUUCUGCAGUGUGGAGAAAAAUUCAGAGGAGAGGCACUUUAUAAUUUAAGUAUUGAUCUAAUCCUGUCCAGAGUGACUUCAGCUCAGCUCAUGAAAUCACCAAAUGGCUUAAAUUCCCAAAAUACUGGCAUAACACUCAACCAGCACUGACGAACAUUAUGCUCAAUUGGAAAAUGUAAAGAAGAGACAUUUUUACCAAUAGAGAAGAUUGUUUGUGAUACUCCGCGGACAGAACGUGUCUUUAAUCAUCCAGCUUCUAAAAACUGACUUCAUGCCUAAUCAGAAACAGACGGACAAGCACAGCCUGGGUUGAGCCCAAACUGCAGAUCUUAGGUCAGUGUUGCUGCCCGCUCAGCAGCGGUUUUGGGGAUUGUUGCUAAUGAGCCCUUGUCUGGAACAGCCCAGGUAUUAGCUUCUUCGAGGGAUCGUAUUACUACUACUACUAGUAUUAUGAUGAAUAUGAUGACGAUAAUGAUUGCUAUCUAUUGACUAUUUCUAUUUCUUCUCUAUAUGCUAUUGAUAUAUGUAUGUUAAUUGCAAUGUAUAACUCUCUUUAUAUAUGUAUCCAUGUAUGAAUAUAAUAAUUGACAGUAAAUAUGCGUCUGUGUAUGCAGCGGUGCACAGCUCUGUCUGGGAGGCAGUGAGCAGAACAUGUCCAGCUUUUGGUAUUUCUUGUCAGGCUUCUGAGUUUUUAAUCCGGCAGGUGGUCAUGAUGUCAGUCAUCAGCUGCCAGCAGCUGGAGACUCUGCAGUACAACUCAUUUCACGCGGUGUGCUACACCUGCUAUAUAUUAACAUUGUCCCAGCUCUGUUUGUCAGCCUUAGGAUUGUUGGGAGCACUGGCCAAAGGGGAAAAAAAAAAAAGAGAGUUGAUGAUUAAUGCUCACAGUACAUGCACUGUUAAUUGUAUCCUCUGUGCAGUGUCGAUCCUACCAAGAGAGCUCGCUGCUCACUGCCUGUGCUGUGCGUUUGUGUUGAAAUUGAUUCACCAGGCAAAAGACAGAUCUGGAAACAAAAGCAUACAUAGUAGCCUAUAUACUCCCGUAUAGCGCCUUAUUCGAUAUACUACACCUAUAAGAUGAUACAUACCCCUAUUGUAUAAUCCCGCUUACUAUAUACAGUAUAUGAUACCUGAUACCUAUUAUAAUACUUAGACACCCUUAUAAGGUAAUUUAGAUAAGAGAUGGUGGAGCUGUUUUUCUUUCUGUGGCUGUGGAAGAGUUUGCUGUGGUCAGUGAUGUGUUCCCAUCUUGUUAUUCAGGGUGUUGUUAAAGCACCGCACACUCAGAUGCUCUGUAUCAUUCAGUGUUUGUCAGUUCAGGAGAUUUGCAGAAGGGACGGAGAAUUAAACCUCAGCCACAAGCCGAAGCUUGGUAAAAGUCAGCUUUGGCUGAACAGGCUGGAGAACAACCGAAAGUUGAAAUUGAAUUUUGAGAUUUCAUUCGGCUUCAUUAAGCAGUGAACACGGUGGGCAUUUUUAUGUGUGUUAGCCAGUGUGACAAGUGGAUCAAAAAAAAAAAAAAAGUCCACCCAUGAAUUAAAACUGCUGUGGCCAAAAAUAAUUAAAAAAAAUAA